AAUGAGAGCGAUAUUAGGACUAGUUAACCACAGUUUUACAAGACUCCUCUCCCUGCAUGUGGGCCAUUGUCAUGCUGGUGGGCGUCCCGCCCACCUGAAGGGUCUCCCCGCCCCGACUGGGGUUUGUUGUUGAAGAAGGAGAAUCCCCGGAAAGGCUGAGUCUCCAGCUCAAGGUCUAAACUUUAAAGGACGAAAGCCCUCCAGUUUCCCCUGGACAUCUUGUUCCUGCUUCUGCUACGACCUUCUGGGGAACGCAUAUUUCUCAUUUUCUUCUUAAAUUGCCAUUUUCGCUUUAGGAGAUGAAUGUUUUCCUUUGGCUGUUUUGGCAAUGACUCUGAAUUAAAGCGAUGCUAACGCCUUCUUUCCCCGCUAAUUGCUAAAAGCUACGGACUGCAGGAAGAUGGCCCGCUUCUCUUACAGUGUGAUUUGGAUCAUGGCCAUUUCUAAAGCCUUUGAACUGGGAUUAGUUGCCGGGCUCAGCCAUCAGGAAUUUGCACGUCCAUCUCGGGGAGACCUGGCCUUCAGAGAUGACAGCAUUCGGCCCCAGGAGGAGCCUGCAAUUCGGCCUCGGUCUUCCCAGCAUGUGUCGCCCAUGGGGAUACAGAACAGUAAGGAGCUAAACAGAACCUGCUGCCUGAAUGGGGGAACCUGCAUGCUGGGGUCCUUUUGUGCCUGCCCCCCCUCCUUCUACGGACGAAACUGUGAGCAUGAUGUGCGCAAAGAGAACUGUGGGUCUGUGCCCCAUGACACCUGGCUGCCCAAGAAGUGUUCCCUGUGUAAAUGCUGGCAUGGCCAGCUCCGCUGCUUUCCUCAGGCAUUUCUACCUGGAUGUGAUGGCCUUGUGAUGGAUGAGCACCUCGUGGCUUCCAGGACUCCAGAACUACCACCGUCUGCACGUACCGCUUUUAUGCUAGCUGGCAUCUGCCUUUCUAUACAAAGUUACUGUUAAUUGACAUUGACCUAUUUCCAGAAAUAUAAUUUUAGAUAUCAUGCAAAUUUCAUGACCAGUAAAGGCGGCUGCUACAAUGUCCUAACUGAAAGAUGAUCAUUUGUUAGUUGCCUUAAAAUUAUGAA